AUGUUACCUCUAGUAAAAGUACAUUUAUUUGUUUUGAAGAUUGAACUAGAGCUUCUCACGUGUCGCUAUUGCCACGCUCCGCUGAAAGCAAUACCCUUGGAUACCGAUGAAAACACUGGUGAUCAGCGCUUCUUCUGGGCAUGCAGGAAUAUGAAAACCAAGACGUGCUAUUUCCCAUUGGGCCUACCUAAUAAAGUGUUUUGGUUGAAACGUACGGCAGAACAGCGUGAAAUGGAUUUCUUUCCCAGACCGGCUAUCCAUUUACUUCCUCGAGAGUUCAGGCCUUUGUAUCCAACAGUCUUCUCUGAGGAAGGGUCGCGUAAACUACCUCCUUCUCGAAGUGAGACAUCAGCUACAUCUGUCGCGAACGAGUCGUUUUCCGGCUCCGCUUCUACUCAGUCACCUGGCACAUCAACUUCUUCCGUGUCGACUGAGAUUGCAACUACUGAAGCGUCAGUGAUUUCUGAACAAAAUAAGGGAGCAGCGGUUCUGCUGAUAGAAACUCCUCUACGACUUAUGCGUCAAGUAGUUACGACUUUAACGAUGAGACCCUUGCUGAAGUGA